AUGUUUUGCUGUUUUUCACCUUCGAGAAGGUCUCAUUGCAUCACGAAAAGUGAUGAAAAAACACCGUUAUUGAAAACUACUCCUAAGACUAUAAUCAACUACCGAACGCUCUUCGCUAUUCCAUAUGAACAUGUUAUCCAAGACGACAAAAUCCAUUUGCAAUCAUCGGAUGCUAUCAAAACCGAUGCUGCCGAUACCUAUCUGUUCUUUCAUGGCACAAUUGAACAAAUAGCUUGUGUUUCUUUUGCUGAUACCGAUAUAACGACUCCAGUUAUAUUUGCAACGGCUACUUCAGAUACACAUUUCCUUUUCGAACGGCUCGUAGAAGUCAAGCAUGCUACUGCAAUCAACCGACCCAAUUCAAUACGGAUGGAACAGUUACCAACAAGUACACCCAAACCAUCCGCUCGACCGUUCGAUGAAUUUAUUGUCAAUCCAAACCAACCUACUGGUUCUCUCGACGUUCAAGGUGGCAACAUAAUCCCCAAAACAGACAACGAUUAA